GAGAUCUCAUAGAUAUGAUAUACGCUUAAGACAUUAUUUAGUAAGACUAGCUGUUACUAGUGUAAAAUAAUGGAAAUUGAACUAUAUGGAUUUAUAUGUUUUAUUUCGUCCUCCAUUGUUUGGAAAAUUUCAGCUAGCGAUAGACCGACCAUUAACACAAAAUAUGUGUCAAAAGAAAAGUUACAGGUUUCGUGCAACGCAAAAGGUUUGGUAAAUUUCAUAUUUAGCCGAAAACGAGCAACAGGUGACUUCAUUAACGUUCUUAAUGGGUUGCCCAAUGGUACUGAAUGCAACAUUAACAAUAUUUUUUGGGGGUUUAAUGCGACAUGUGAUUGUACCUCUGUGAACUAUGUUGUGUGUGUGGUAUAUGAACAGAUAUUUAAUGGCGAUCAAUGGAAAUGCCGAAUGUUAAUCGGAAAUAGUUCAAAUGAAAGCGACCCUGCCGAAGUUACCAGUCACGUUUAUGCAGCCAUCAACAGUUUACGCUGAAGCAAGUUCUACGGAAGAGCCCAACAUAACUUUUAUUUGGAGAGGAACGACCCAAUCGGACAACAUUACGGACAUUACCGUCAAAUCCGUGACGUUAGGUGGACUAAAUGACAGAAUCAAGCCACCGUUGAAUUCCAAAGCUUUUAUGACAGAAUUAGCUCUCAAAAUAGCUGGACCAUUCGUGUUGAUAUACAUGGGAAUGAUGGUGUUCAUUUUUCGACAGAAACUAUGCUCCAGACUCAUAAAAGGAGGCUCAAGUCAAACCGGAUUUUUGCAGUCGAACACAGCGGCACUCCCAGAUGACAGUAUAUAUUCGUUCGCAAACGAAACUGAAUGUGAGCCACGCACAAAUUGUGGCUCACCACGUGUUGAUGAUGGUAUGUGCAUUCCUGAGAUGCCAACAGAGGAUCCGACAUACAACAGGACCAUGGGCUGUGCUGCAGACUGGCAAAAUACAGAUGCUUGUUCUUCCACCCCGAGGCAGCCUUCGUCGGAUGCAAAACAUCUCGCCACAAAUGAGUCUUUAUUCACAAAUGCUGAAGACGCGCCGUACUCGCUUGUUUGCCUAGACAAAGGCACCAAGGUUACUGUCUGUCACGGACCGACUCGUACUACCCCAGAAAGUGCCAGUGACCCUGUGUAUACUGUCGUUAACAAAAACAAGAAAGCAACCACUGCUUGCAAGACACAAGAGAUGAUUCCGCAGCCGACUCGUACUACCCCAGAAAGUGCCAGUGACCCUGUGCAUAGUGUCGUCAACAAGGACAAGAAAGCAAACACUGUUUGCAAGACACAAGUGAUGAUUCCACAGCACUUUUCUAAUUCUUCUCCCACAUUGGAAUCGGAUGACAUUGCAUAUAGUGUGGCGAACGAGUGCAAAGCAACAGAUGGAGGGACAUCACUUGAGCAUUCCACCACUAAGACUGAUGAUUGUAAACCCGAUGACAGCGACUAUGCAGAUAUCGUGGAAUUCUUCAGUAUCAAAUGAACAUGUUUUUUUUAACAUUGUUUAAUUCCCAAAUCGCAUAUUUGAAUACAUUUAUACACAUAAAAUUGAACGCAAUGUUUUGUGUCUUGAUACAUUGUAAACAAAAUAGUAAAACAUAAUAAUAUUGUAGUAAUAUCAUGUUCACCCAAUUUAUCGCGUAUUAUGUAUAAAUGAUGGGUCAUACUUCGCAAACAGAGCUGACGUUUUCCGUUAUAGUUUGUACCUGGGAUAUUUCUGUGUACAUAAUUUAUGACUUUUGCAUGCAUUUGACUGAUUCGGUUAUUAUGCCAUUAUCUGAUGCGUCGCUCUAAUUUCAUUGAUUUUUAUUAAAUUACUUUUUUUGCACAUGAAUAUGUAUGCGUUUUGAUUUUCUGUCAUACGUGUUAGCAGUUUUUAGUUACCACGCAUACAUUAUUAAUACUUUAAUAGAUAAGACACCGGAUUAAACUCCCAUGGGCUGGUCACAAUAGAUGUUUUUGGUAAAUAGCACGAUUACUGAACAACUGAUGUCAUUAUGUCUUAAUCACAUUGUUUCAUCAAUUUUCAUAUUAAAAUAAGAUAAAGUCAGAAACACGAAUCAGUUUAAAUGCUUUAAUUUAUGAAAGCUGCGUUGUUUCUUGUUGUUGUUUUUUUUUUCAAUUUGUAAAACAUAUGAUACUACGUAUUUUACACUAUUUAUUUUUAUUUGUUUGUUUUGUGAAAAAUAGUUUGCUGCGUUAUAUGUAUUUGCCAUCCCAACAUUUGAAUAGAAAACUUAGUAAUAACUUUUAUUUGAAACAAAUGCUUUUUCAAAUAUUCCUGUAUUUCUUUAUUGAAACUACAAUUUCUAGUUUCUUGCAAUAUUGUUUAUUGUAUUGCAUAUUAAUAGUACCUCUGUUGGUUGGGAAGCGGACAACGAGCGAGGCCUGGUA